AUGAUGCAGAAUCAAGAGAGUCUUAACAUGCCAUUCAGCACGCCAUCUCCUCCGUCAAAGAAGAAAUCCAAAGCAACCACUAAGAAUCCGACAAACGGUACAGUAAAUACUAGAACAAUCAAAGUUCCUGGCUCUAAAAUCGAAAGAGUAGCACAAGCAUGUGAUAGAUGCCGAGCUAAAAAAACCAAAUGUGAUGGGAAGAACCCUUGUUCUACUUGUCAAUCUGUCGGUUUAGAGUGUAUUGUUUCAGACAGGUUAACAAGAAAAUCAUACCCAAAGGCAUAUACAGAGACUCUAGAAGAACGUGUUAGACAAUUAGAGGCAGAGAAUAAGAAGUUAGUGGGAUUACUAGAUAUGAGAGAUGAACAGCUUGUAAUGCUCAACAAUUCAGCGUUAUCUGAAGACAAAAACACGGAGAAAGAUAAAGAUACACUGACAAAUUUGAACAAGAUAACGGCAUCCAACUUGAGUCUUUUGGAUAUUCAGAAUAGUAUUCAUCUGCAUGUUCAUAAUGGUGAUGAUGAUAGCUGUCCUUGUGGAUGUUCAAACCCGCAUGCAGUUCACGAAAGACCUGUUUCGAUCGCAGGUUCAAUGUAUGGAUCUAAUAAUGUCCGAGGUGUUGCUGGAAGCGUGGUAGACGUACCAGUGUCCAUUGCUGGGUCACUAAAGUUGAGUGACGAUGAGGAUAAUGCUUAUAAUGACGACAACGAUGAUAAUGAUAGUUUGCUUAGUAUUGAAGAAUAUAAUUCACAACACCGUCACAAAAAACUGUCACAUUUCGCGUCUUCCAAUUCAACCAAUAGAGAACAGAGUCCAGCGCCUGGAGCAUUUGCAGCAGCUACUGCAAUUGCACAAAUGCAAAAGACUAAACUAUUCCAACAACAACAACAGAAGUUAGAAAAAGAGAGCAAUAAACAAAGUAUGCUCACAUCUUUAGUUGCAAUGUCAAUACCACGAAGCACGGAAGAAACAUUAUGUACUCCAACAUUACUCGCACGUAUUUGUCAGGCAUAUGGAUAUGAUUCAAAACCAGCAAUUCUUACAGCUAAUUCUUUGGCAUCAUUGAAAGAGAAUACAAAUGCAAAUAUGGAGUCUCCAUUUCCUGCUGAACUUGAAGAAACAUUGAACAAGAUGAUAAUGAAUCGAUACGAUAUUACUAAAUUGUCAGAACCAGAGGCAAUUGUAUUUUUAAAAGAGUUGAUAAAUCUCCCAGUAUCUAGAUUGGAUAUGGACCAACUCAUUACAGUUUAUUUUCAAGAAUGGGGAAAUGCUUUACCAAUUUUGGACAAGAAUUCAUUCUUGAAGAAUUAUAUGAAAUUGAAUCAUAUUUUAGAGCAAGGUCAUUAUAGUGAUUUUGAAGGAGAAUCGUCAUAUGAACUGAUUGAAAAAUUUGGAGCCAUUAUGAUUUUGAUUUUGAGUUUAGCAUUUCUUGCAAGUAAGAAGAAUUAUUUACGAUCUUUAAGUCCGCAAACACCACCAAAGUUUAUUGCCUUGAUGAAACACUAUGAUUAUUUAAUUCCACGAGUUUAUCAGACCAAAUUGUUUAAUCACACAUACUGUUCGAUUCAGACCUUGCAGAUUCUUUCGUGGCAUGCAUAUGUUAGUCACUGGUGA